AUGCUGAGUGAAGCCUGCGCCAAGGUGACUCCCGCGUGGGCUCAUCAGCACAUCACCCCGCGUCUUCUGGAUUACCUGGCCACCACCGCAACAACAAUACAGUCCUGCGGCAAUCUGGCGCGGUGCCUGGUGUCGCUGCUCGAUCCGCCGCCCGGCUCGGUCGUGCACGAUUUGCGCUCGCCGGUCGUGGACCAGCUCCGGCGGCUGGCGUUUGAGCCCCAGUUCGACGCAACGUGGGAGUGGCUCGAGCAGCAGCAGCUGCACGGUAGGCACUCCUCUUGCCUGGCGACACGGGAGGCCCUGCAGCAAUUCCUGGAGGCACCGCCGCCUGGAAACCAGACUCCUAAUGAAACAGUACCGGACUUUGGUGGAAUCGAGGACGAAGACUGGUGGAACCUCGAUCCAGACUUGGGCAUCAAACCCAUGAAGUGGAUUCGACGACUUGCGUCGUGCUCGCUCAUGACUCAAAGAAACACGCUCCAGAAAAUGCAGGAAACCGUCCUCACCACCACCAAUCGCAGCCGGGCGUUCCUGGCGACGGUCAAGUGGCUCCUGUACCUGCUCGACUUCUCGAGCGUACCCAACCGACAGGCGAUUGUCGAGGCUCUGAUGGACCUGGUGCUCCCCGACGGGCAUUCCCCUACGCACGCGCAGCUUGUCGGAGUACCGGUUAACGAUCCACACACCGCCGAAAUCUUCGUGCGGGUGGUUUCGCAGCUGUUGGACUCCUUCCCCGCCGGCGGCAGCGACCUGCAGAGCGGCGCAAGCGAGUCUCGGUUGUCGUACAUGGCGGAGGUGUGGAGGGGCGACAGCGACCACGAGGCGCUCAAGUCGCGCAUCAUCUCCUGCCUCGUCGGGCAUCCGUGGUGGUGGCGGAGCCGAGCGUUCCUGGUGGCCCUGUUCCACGACGUCACGCAGCCGGCCAGCAUACGCGCCGAGGCGCUCACAGCGCUUUCAUUCGUUGCCUCUGUGGAGUGGCAAGACCACGAUGACGACGACAACGACGGCGAUCCCUCCCAAGAUGAAAACGCUGGCUUUACGGAGGAGACCGCUCGUGUUGUUGCUCUUCUGACCUCCCUCCUGCCACCGCCUCCCGGCGAGGCCGUGUCGCUCAAAGAUGCGGCGGCGAGGUGUCUGGCUGCCCGCCUGGCCCAGUGCCAGGAAGAAAAGGACCCAAGUGCUGCCGACGAGCUGGCGCGUUUGCCGGAGGAGUUACGGCUACUGGUGCAGAACAAGUCCAUCCGCCAUUUCCAGUGGGUUGCGGCGCGUGGCAUCUGUCGGCUGAUCUGGCGAGCUCGAGGGUUGGCUGGCGUUGACUGGGAAGUCACCUACGCGCUCUCGGACCCACUUGUGGUCGCGGAGAAGUCGAAGCCGUCGCGCCUGGAGCUCGAGCUGGACCUGGCGCGGUGGCUGCCCUGCGUUAAGUCAGUGCUCUCCGCCGCCCUCAUCGACCCCCAAGCCUUUGCGCUGCCCGGCGUCGACGCCUCUGGUUCUCGCAUCGCGGAGAAUAUCGACUUCAAGUACUUCACCCAGCUCUCGCUCUUCGGGAACGACGCCCGCAGCGAGCUGAAGCGCCGGCUCUUCAACCAGCUCCAGAGCCAGGACGUCACGGCCGAGAAGGUGUCCGUGCUGCUGUAUCUGUGUAGCAUCGACGACUUGCAACAUCCGGUGUCGUUCGACGAAAUCAACACGUACUAUGCGUCGAGCUGGAGCGAGGACAUGCAGAAGACCCUGCAGGCUCUCGUCAGUUGGGAGAAGGUGUGGUCGCAGAUGAUGGCAGAUGAGAGCGUCAACAGCCCCAUGGUCGUUAUCCAGUCCUGUCUGCGCGUGCACACGGACCAGCCUUUGCUCUGGAUCUCGCGCGAAGGACUGCAACGCGCCGUGGCCUCACUUCAGCCUGCUGCGCCCUGA